AUGUCGACCUUUGAUGGCCGCGUGGAGGCCGCAGUCGACUACUUCCGCAAGAGGCCUGAACGGCCGCCGCUAGCAUGCUUCCUCAGCCAUGUGCACAGUGACCACUUGCAGGGCCUGGAGUCCUUCCGGGCUCCGUUUAUUUACUGCUCACCAGCUACGCGGGAGCUACUCUUGCGGAUUGAGAAGUAUCCCCAUCGGAUGAACUUUCGCAAGGGCAUCUUGGAAUCGCGCCGGCUUCAUUACAAGCACCUCGCCAAGCUGUUGCGUCCGAUUCCAUUGAAUACGCCCACGGAAAUUGAACUCACGCCCCGGAGGCGCGUUCGGAUUACCUUGUUUGACGCAAACCACUGCAUCGGAGCGGUGAUGUUUCUCAUCGAAGGAGAUGGGAAAGCUAUCCUAUACACCGGUGAUAUCCGAGCUGAGCGAUGGUGGAUCAACAGCGUGGUCCGGAAUCCGGUCUUGAUACCAUACACGCUGGGCCAGAAACGAUUGGACAAGCUGUAUCUCGACACAACCUUUGCACGUGCAGUGAACAAGUUUCACGAGUUUCCAUCCAAAGCGGUUGGACUGUCCGAGCUUCUCCGAAAAGUCGAGGCAUAUCCGGACGGCACUGUGUUCUACUUCCGCGCAUGGACGUUCGGCUACGAGGAUGUGUGGAUGGCACUUUCGGCAGCGCUAAACACCAAGGUCCAUGUAGAUCAGUACCAGAUGGGUCUCUAUCGGUCCCUCAUGCGUGCCUCGGGCACCCACAGCAUCACUGAAGCAUCUGCACUCUGUGGGUUUAGUCUAGGCAAUCGGGCAGUCGCAGGUUGUCUGAGCAGCGACGCCGCCAGCCGAGUCCACAGCUGCGAGCCGGGAGUAACUUGCCCUACAGCCCGCAGCCCCAGUACAGUUUACAUUGUUCCGAUCGUGAACCGCACUAUUGAAGGCGUUGAAAUUCCGGAAGUCGGUGCAGGCGGCGGCAUCGGUGAUCUAUAUCAGACUCACGAGCUUGAGCUUCCUGAUGAGGCUACGCUUGAGGAGCUGGAGAAGCUGUGUUUGCAGCACAUCCAUGAUGAGCAGUUGCGACAGCAACUGCGUAUUACACUCAUCGAAGCUUUUCGCUCAAAGAGAAAGGCGCUAUCACUUGAUGAAUACGGCAUGAAGGAAGAAGGAGACAUUUCACUCAAAAAGCUAGUAGACGUGCUCAGCCAUGGCAUGUCAGAAGGAUCGUCUGGUGCCAUCACAUUCAGAGAGCCUGUGGCCAAUCUACCGAAAACAAUACGAUUCCCAUACUCUCGCCAUUCAUCCUACGCUGAAUUAUGCGACUUCAUUGCCGCUUUCCGGCCUAAAGACAUCCACCCCUGCACCGUGGACGAAUCAACCUGGACCGAAGAUGUCUCUAUCCGGCGUCUAUUCGGCCAUCUAUGCACAGAAACCCGAUUCUCGCAUGAUGCCCACAUGUGGGAGAUUCUCGGCGAUGCAGACGAGAAUGACAAGGACGGUCCGCGUGCGAGAAAAAGAACUCGCUACAAUCCGGAACUUUCAACUCAGUCUACCGAGGGGUCUAGCAAUCUAGUCAUGGACGAUGAGCUGAGUACAGGAAGCAGAGAACAGACUCAAACCCAGACUGCUUCCCCAUCCUGUGGCACAAUACAAGAAUCUAUCAACAAACCGCUCAAUUUCCCACUGCCCAGUCCGGAAACCGCAAAAGCGAAGCGGAACGAGAUUCGGCAGGCUCGUCGGUACCUCCAGGAACAUACAGAUCGCGAAAUGUUUCACGUUGGCGCUCUCCCUUCUUCAUGGAGGACAGAGGGGGAUGAGUUGGAGCCUGAGAAGAAGAAUAAACACGUCUCCGAAGUAGAGGAGAAGCUAACCACUACCGACUCCACCGAAACUCGGGAGGUGUCAGAGACAGAUCGCCAAGGUGAUGGAGCCACAGACCUGCAAAUGGAGUCUCAGCAGGCUGACAGUCAGCACACGGCGCUUUCGAUUUCCGAAUCGGCAUUUGCCUCUCCACUGCCGGUCGAAGAGCAUUCUGUCAGACUAUCAGAGGACAAUGAACCCGAUUCGGAAAUUACUCCCACUCACCAUCGACCACGCACUCAUACCCACGCUCGUAUCGCUGCAUAUCUCGCUGCUCGCGCGGACUCCUACUCUGCAUGGACGGAUGUGUCUCUUGUGUCUGCGGGGGAUAAUCAUACCGAGGAGGAGAUUGAAUUGUGA